CGCAGACAAAUAGCUUAACUCCAGGGCCAGCUUCCCAAGCUCGUCCCCACGGUAUGGUAACUAACGGUGUCCAAGGCAGUUCCCCCUGUCAUCCUAAACGGCCGCAGAUGGCGUAUCAUUAGCGCGGCAAAGGAAGCGCCAAACGCCUUUCUAAAGCCCACGUGAUGGGACAUUUCGCUGAGCAACAUGGGAGCUAUCGACGAUCAGCUCUGUCGGAGUUUUUGUUUAGCCCCAAAGCUAUUAUUAUUUUUUUAUUAUGGACAACGGCACUGCCACUAGGCAAAUCCGCAGCUCCGGGUGUUGCCUCAAGUUGGGGGCUCAAUAAUAGUUCGGUUCCAACACACCUAUGCCUCCAUCUUCAACUUCAAUUCGUCCCAUCAUGGCGGCACCGCCCUCCAUCAGUGCGGAAUCCCCUUACCAAGUUCCGCCCGCAGCGGCCAAAACCCGGACUCAGACACAUCGACGCCGCCUUAAUCGCGAGGAGCGAAAAGAUAUCCUAAUCCUACGGCGUUUGGGUUAUACGUAUCAAGCUAUAGCUGAACAUCUUCACGUAUCCCACCGUGCCGUUCAAUAUACCUGUGAAUCAAAUACCUGUGAUCCCAAGAAACGGCCAGGCCGGAACAGCAGGCUGUCCAGCAAGCAAGUCGAUGACAUUGAAGCCUUUUUGACCGCCUCCAAGGAAAACCGGAGCAUGUCAUAUAAGAAGAUAAUUGAGGCCCUUGGCCUUGACGUCAAGCAGGACUGUCUGCGUCGAGCUUUACAAAAACGUGGUUAUACCCGACAGGUUACCUCAGUACCUAAUUGUCAAUCCAGCAAACGUAGCCAGCUUACUGGGGAACUUUGUAAAGACCCUGAUAUCAAGACCAAAAGCCAGGGCGAACCGGAGUCCUCCGCCGGGAUGAUGUUGCCAGAAAAUCCUUCGCCAGCGGGACUUGAUUCCGCAGUAGUCCUACAUCACCACCAUCACCAACCUACCGCCGCUCAAGCUCAAGCCCCAGUCACUCGAUACCCUCAUUCUCCGUCUCCCUACCAAGGCCAUCACUCCAUUGCUCCUCAACCACUACCUAUCCCGCUUCAACAUCAUCCAGGCCCAUACCACCAAGUCGUACCACCAGAAUUCCGACAGGCUCCGCAACAAUACCACUCUAUGGCACCCUAUUAUCAUUAUCAUCAACAGCAGCAGCAGCAGCACCCACAACAAUGCCAGUCAAUACCCCUUGGAUCUCCAUCUCUCCCUCCCCAGUACAGCCCAGUGCCGUUACACCCUCACUCUUCGUCAACAGGUGUCCCCCAAUACCAUCCAGUUCACGAAUAUCACCCCAUAUCUUCUAAUAAAUUACGGCCUCCGGUCCCGGAAUAUCGUCGAGCUCUAUCCGAGUAUUGUCCCAGCUUGAUCGACCGCCGCUCCGCUUCGGUCCAAACUCCGUCUCCUUUUCAAUCGCCGUCCUUCGCCUCCCUCCCCAUCGACCAUCGACAUCAAAACCUCAGCCGCAGUACAUCUCCAGGUGUGUGCCAAACAACAACCUCUCACGGGCAAAUGCUUUUGGAAGUGUCGAGCAUGACGGACCGAUCGCGGAAGUCAAGCGGCUAUUCAACGCCGCUUACAAUACCAGAUGACCGUAGUGACUACUACAGAUACGAGACGAGCGCUCCCCCAGAUGCCACCGGUAUCGAUUCCGAGACGAGGUUGCGAUAGCAGUUGAAUUUUAUCUAUUUUCACUUGCAAAGAUACAACUAGAGUAAUAGAAAUAGGCCUCAGGGCCGGACUUGGCGUGUAUGUGAAGAGAGCCCGCAUGAGACGUUGGAAGUGAACAUGCACCUGUACAAUAUCCGAUACGCCUCACAGAGAGGACUUAAUAUUUGGCGUUUUGGGAACAUUCUGCGCCUUUAAUCCUUUUUUCUCAUUAUUUCUUCUCCAUUCCCCCUCUCAUUUUUAAUAUUUCCGAUUGUUUGGGGUUUCUUUUGUGGCUUUGUUUUAAUGUUGAGGAUAAUAGAAUAUAGAAUAUAGACCAUAGCUUUCAUACAUAACAACAUUCUCUCCCCCAUUGUUUCAUCCUACGCAAUAUCUGUCUAGGUCCAUGCCUCCAACCGAAUAUUCGCAUAGAAUGUCGUUCUCAACGCACAUACCCAGCCCUCCAAACAACCACGGAUAGGAAAAUUGCGAAGGGUAAAACAAAAUCGAAAGGCCAUGAUUUGCAAUAUUCCACGGCUAGCUCUAAGAGACCGCCAUGUCUACCAAACGUCAAACGCAUAGAUCAGCAAGCAGCCCAAUCACGAACGCAACAGCGUUCGCACGAUACUUCUCUACAACAGCCCUAUGAACCUCCCUGUCAAAGCCGCUGUCACACACCGGGUCCCCCGAGUCGCAGUAGGAUCGCAUGCGGGAAGCAAAUUCGUCACAGGAUUCGGAAUCCGGGCGCGGCAGGAGCUGGACGAUAUUCUUGUUUUUAGUGUGGUGAUGGGUAAUUGGCAAUGGAUAAGACAAUUGUAUUUUUUAAAUGGCAUAUCUUCUUUAAAGCAGCAGAAGAGGAAAGGAACUUACACCGUUUCUGGUUGAGGUGCCAACAUCGAACGAUUUGCCAGGCACAUGGCGCGGAUCAGCCAUGAAAAUGAUCGCAGAUACUAC